AUGGGCGCUGGAUUAUAUCUGGACUCAACAAGUGCGGUAGUUCGCAACAGUCUUUUCCGGAACAAUGCGGCGACUGAAGGAGGAGGUCUAUACAACUCUGCACUGGCCACCACUACGCUGAUAGGCUGCACAUUUGAUGGCAAUAUAUGCACCAAGGCUGGGUGUGGCGGUAAAGCCAACAGUUUCAAAGUGACCGAUACGGUCAUCAGCAACAAUUACCAAUCGAACGCCGAUGAUAAAACUGAAGGAGGGGGGCUAUACUCUUCUACAGGACUGACUGCUCAGAAUAUUACAUGCACCGGUAAUAAGGCCGAUACCGGGGGCUGCUUGUAUGCAACUGGCCUGGGAGUGAUAUCGAAUUCUACUCUCAACAGUAAUUUUGCACACCAGAAAGGCGGAGUGUAUUCAUCCGAGUUUGGGAGUCUGAUUUUAGAUCAGUGCCAGUUGAACAACAAUACCAGCGCAGACAAAGGCGGUGCUGUUUUUGUGGGCGGCAAUGUGACUGCCACAGUCGUGCAAAUGUCGCACAACUACGCAGCAAAAAAUGCGGCCGGUGUCUAUGCGGUCGGGAAUUUCACGGCAUAUGAUUGUACAUUUGACAAUAACGCGGCCGUUGACCGUGGCGGUGUGUUUUACACACACGAGGGCGUCUUCCUCAACCGCUGCAACAGUACGGGCAAUCUGGCCGGUGAGCACGGGGGAGUGAUUUAUACAGUUUCGGGCACCACAGUUAUCAACUCCACGUUUACGGAAAACGAGUCGAAGAAUCGGGGAGGCUCUAUGUACGCGCAGGGGGCAGUAGUGAUGGACAACUGCCUUUUUGUCAGGAACCAUGCGGAAAUUAUGGCUGGGUGUGCGUAUACCACCGACGAAGUUCGUGUGAACAACACGAUUUUUAGAAACAAUACAGCGCACGAUCAUGCAGCGGGGACGUACUCGGGCAAGACGACUGAUCUACAGAACUGUCUAUUCGAGAACAACAUCUCAUGGGAUAGGUAA